AUGUGCAUCGUGUUCACCACGCUGGUGUUCGGCCCGGCGUGCGGCUUCAUGCUGGGCUCCGUGUUCACGCGCAUUUACGUGGACGCCAUCUUCAUCAACACGAGCAAGCUGGACCUGACCCCGGAAGACCCGCGCUGGAUCGGCGCGUGGUGGGCCGGCUUCCUCCUCUGCGCCGUGCUCCUCUUCGUCUCCUCGCUCUUCAUGUUCGGCUUCCCACGCUCGCUCGCCCGCCCGCCGCACUGCACGCCCGAGCUGCUGCCCUCGCUGCCGCCGCCGCCGAUGCUGCUGCCGCCGCCGCCCGGCGCCGUCGUUGCCGGCCACUCGGAUCGCGCCGCCCUCCGACCCCUGGCGGCGCCUCUGACCCCCAAGACGGCAAACGGCAGCGUGAUUACCCCGGGCAACGGGCGGGAGGCGUUGUCGUGUUGCCGCCACUUGAGAGUGAUCCCCAGGGCGACGCGCACUCUGCUGCGGAACCCGGUGUUCACCUGCAUCGUGCUGGCCGCCUGCGCCGAGAUCGCCGUCAUCGCCGGCUUCGCCGCCUUCCUGGGGAAGUACCUGGAGCGGCAGUACAACCUCACCGCCUCCUACGCCAACCAGCUGCUCGCGAUGACGGCGAUCCCGUGCGCGUGUCUGGGCAUCCUGCUGGGAGGGCUGAUCGUGCGCCGCCUCUCGCUCACGCCCCUGGGCGCGGCGCGCACCGCCCUCAUGGUCAACCUGGUGUCCACGGCCUGCUACGUCUCCUUCAUGUUCCUGGGCUGCGGCACGGGGCCCGUGGCCGGCGUCACCACGCGCUACGCCAACGUCUUCAACGAGUCGGAUGGGGAUUGGCCCCUGGACCCGUACGCGCCGUGUAACCUGGAGUGUGGCUGUACGGCCGGAGCGUACAGCCCCGUGUGCGGCUCCGACGGCAUCACGUACCUCUCACCCUGCUACGCCGGCUGCUUGUCUGGGAACAUGUCGGAGUGUCUGUGCGUGUUCGCGAGCGAGGGAGGGCGAGCGGAGAGCGCCGUGCCGGGCCGCUGCCCGAACCCCGAGUGCCAGCGAGUGUUCCCCACCUUCCUCGCCAUGGUCUGCGUCAGCAGCCUCAUCGGCGCCAUGGCGCAGACGCCGGCCAUCAUGAUACUCAUCAGAACCGUGAGUCCGGAGCUCAAGUCGUACGCGCUGGGGGUGCAGUUCCUUCUCAUACGCCUCCUGGGGUUCAUUCCGCCGCCGCUCAUCUUCGGCAUCGCCAUCGACAUGACGUGCGUGCGCUGGUCCGAGCCGUGCUCGCGCACGGGCGCCGUCCUCGCCAAGGGCAGCCGCGGCGCCUGCGCCCUCUACGACAGCGAGUCCUACCGCCGCAUCUACGUCAUCCUGGCCGUGGCGCUCAAGGCCACCGCCUUCCUGCUCUACGCCGCCACGUGGGCCUGCCUGCGCUGCUCGCCGGCGCGCUACCUCCACUCCGGCGGCGCCAACGGAGCGGCCGGGUCGGCGGCGGCUGCCGCGACCGCGGCAGCCGCGGCAGCCGCGGCGGCCGCGGCGACGGCUCCGGUGCCGGGCGCGGCCGCGUUCGGCCCGUCCGGUCCGGGCGACGGAGCGGCCGAACGGGGCUGGGCGGCCGGGCCGGCGUCCCCUCUGUCGGCGGGCGGGAGGCCCGGCGGGCCGAGGGCAAAGUUCGUCUACAGCCUGGACGAUCGCGAGCUCUGCGAGAACAUGGAGACCGUGCUGUAGGGUCGGGGCCGGCGCGACGGACCCCGCGGUUCGCCACCCCGAGAGCCCCGCCGCGGCUGCUGUCUCGCCACGCUCGUCGCGAAGGUGCCGAUGCUCCGUCGCGCGCGGGCCAACCCUCCCGAUCCCAAGCGGUGGGCUGCCGCCCUCCAAACUCUUUUCACCGCACGCCGAUUUUAAAAGUCGGGGAAAAAAAGCGACACGAUUAGCUCUGCAAACUCGGCGUGCGCGUGUGAAAGGGUCUGAAUUGGCAGCCGACCCCUGCGAAUCGGUAGCGUUGGCGAGCGCGCAAUCGCUCGAGCACGUAAGCGCUCGAUCGGCCAUCGAGGCUGCCCUCCGGCCUCGACAGGUUUUUCCACGGAAGGCGCCGGGCGGCAUUGGGGGGGGGGGGGGGUGGGGGGGGGCGGGGGGGCGGGCACAGACUGCUGCGGUUGUUUCGGGGGAGCGACCGCGACGGCGCCACGCCGGUGCGCCUCACAGUGCCUCACGGAUGGAGACGGUGUGUCGACGACGCGCGGGGUUGAACGUGCAGUGGGGACGUGCGAAAUUGCGUGCGAGCGGGAGGUGGGGGAAGCGUUUGAGCACGCGAGCGUCGUGACGGCGGGGAGAGAGCGUGGCAGUGCCACUGAGUGUCCCUUUCCCCGGCACGUGUGAAAGCGCAUACAUGGUGUAAGAACGCAAAAUUGUUAAAAAUAUAUAAAUGCGCACAAACACCAAAUAUCGCACAACACUUGCACAGCACGGCGACAUGUGACAAUGCUGAUUUAUAUCGCUAUGCGAUAAUACAUUUCUACUGAAAAAGCACUUUCAAAUAUUUUUUUAAAAGUGACUUUCGCAAAAAGGAAAACAGAAUUCCUGUAUAAAGUGCUGAAGAUAUAUAUACUGAAAUGCAGCUAAAUGAAUGAUUUUUAUUUGAUUCUCGAAAACGUGUACAUAGGUGUCUGUGUCAUUACCGAGCUAGUCAUCAUUGUUGUGAGUACCCCAAGCCAAAAACACCAUCAACCAUCGCGGUUAGCAGUGGCGAGAUGGGUCUACAUGUUACAACGCCGACAUCACGGUUGUGUUAAUCAGUACUUACGUUCGAACAUUGGGUGCCUUGUGUUUGUGGUCACAAUCGCAAGUGAGUGACCACGACUUAACAGCGACUCAAGCUCAGACUCUUGAUUACGAUGCCCAACUGUUUUCCUUUUUCCUUUAAACCCGUGCGUCGCCACCUCUGCCGUCGCAAAAAUGUGGUGGCGCACGUGCGUUUUUGUUGUCUUGACGUGCAGUUGUGCCACACCAGCACGCGUGCGCGUGCGCCUGCAUGCAUGCGUGUGCGUGCGCAUGUGCGUACGUGUGCGCGUGCACGCGUGCUACGGAGAAAACAACGGAAGUCAGUAUUGCCAGCUGCACCGUCGGUUGCAGCAAGCGUGAGACGUUAGUUGUAAUUGUCACAGCUUGGGUUCCUCAGAACGAAAGAAAGAAGUACCUCUCUCCUUUUCCACUUGGCACAUCCGUUUCGAGCCGGGGGCCGUGCCGACACGGCCCAGCGAUAACCGGUGACUCGGGAGUCGCCGGUUAUCUUUUUUGUCCACCGCAGAAGCCGAGCCGUGCCGCUGUUGUCACACGCGGAUCACGUGGUGGAUACACGCUCACGCGCACACAUCACACACGCAGGUAAGACAAAUAUCCCCCGUAUAGCCUCAACAGACUGUUGGAGCAAGUGCUGUUAGCGAGCAGCACCUAUGAAGGCCGGCACUGUGGCACACGAGGGGGUGGGUGGCCAACACCACGCCCGGCAGCCUUUGUCUCCCGAGUAGCGAUGUUUACACACUGCACCAGGUUAGUUUGAGUCGACCUAGGGGAGGACCGGGACCGGUUCAGAUAAUUGUCACCGGUGUUGGCCAUGAGCGGCAAUCGAACUCGAGUCGCCGGGUUCGUAGCGCAGCGCGCCAACCGCUGCAUUGCCGCUCCCCACAUACGCAGAUAUACACAAUCACACACAUACACGAUCACACACAUACACGAUCACACAUACACGAUCGCACACAUACACAGUCACGAAACUCAGACGCAUCUUCUCGCUUCCGACUCACUCUGACCAGCUGGACCCUAGUUUGUCGAGCUUCUUCAAGUGUGAUGACAUCACGUGCCUUGCUUGGCCCCGAGCCAGAUCCAGAUGUCUUCUUGUGAGGCCAGCGUAUCACGCUUUGGUUCCGGCUCGGCUCGGCAGCCAGUGGAAAACCCCACCGUACCGUGACGGUUCCGGACUGGCUCGGGUCAGAUGUGCCAAUGGAAAAAAACGAGGUAAAUAUAGCACGCAGCAUCGGCCAAUUCCUGAAUGCUGGUUGCGGGUGGUUCUGUGGUGUCGUUGAUGGAUCGCAGAGGUUUAGAGAAUGAAUUUAACAAAAAACCCACCCGGUGUUUGCAGUAGAUUUAGAACGUGUGUUUAGACUUUGAUUAUGAGAUUAUGCCCCCCCCCCGCCAGCAAGUUUCUGACAGUGUUGUCCACCUAUGCGUAGGUUUUCCCGGGGCACUCUGUUGAUUUCAAGGAAAGCAAAAUGUGCACUGCAAGUUACAAUUAAACAAAACAACAAUUCCUUUACUCUACACUAGAGGGCAUUGGUGGCUUAGCUUGCAUCUUUCUUCGUUAUUUCUGCGGGUCCUCGGUUCAAACUCCCUCCAUCAUUGUCCGAUUUUGAGCUUUCUUCUUUCAAGCUAUGAAGCUCAUCUUCAUUCUCCUGUCUCUCGCCUAUUUACCAGCAUCUUUUUUUUUACAGACCACUCAUCGUGAAGUGCGCACCUCUGAGCUUGUGUCCAAACCGCAUAUUUAUUUUCUGCAUCGUUCUGAGGCUUCUCUCCUCCCGAACCUGCUCUUGAACUUAGACCAUUCACCAUUUUUCUCCAUCCGACUCAGGGGGCUCCACGGUGGCGAGAUGUUAACUCCCUCGCCUGGUAUACAGGAGGUCGUGGGUUCGAUCCUGGUCCCAAUCCUGGCCCUGACGCCUGCUGUAUAUUCGGAGUUUGCAUGUUCUCCCCGUGGUCGCAUGGAUUUUAUUUCUCCCCACAUUUAGACUGAACGUCACGCAUUUAGAGUAUUUGGCUUCAAUACAUGUCCACGCGUUGAUAAGCCACUUCGCUGAGCUAUCAUUCGUGGUAGCCAGGCUACUUCUUAAAAACAGCCACGUGGCAGUUCAGUACCUGGUAAAUAAAAUUGUAACAAAAAAUCUCCAUUGGACCCCACAAGCCCCUUGUCAAGGCUUUCAGUCGUCGUAUGCCUCUUCCUUUCUCAAGAGUCGCAGAGUUUUUUGUCGCAUGCAACGCUACGCUCCAUAUAGCAGGGCCCGCGCGGGUCAACUUUUAUUCAAACUCUCUGCUCAUUCGUUUUGUCAGCCAACAUUCUUCUACGAUUGUCGAGAUGCGUGAUGAACAAAACGUACACAUGUAUACAUAUAGUGCCAGAUUGCCGUCAUGCAGGAGGAUAACUCCGUAGCCUUGCGAUUUUUACCCCCCCGUGGUUUCACGAUGGAGACAUCGGUGAGUUCUUCGCGAAAGAUCUCUCGAGAAGUUGAACAUUCGUCAAGAAGGGAAUCUGGGUGGUGCUCAGUUUACGUUGGCGGCUCCAAAUUCCACAUUCCCGUGGCAGGGUCCAGUCUUUACAUAGAGGACACCCUCCGUCAGUAUGAUUAUUCCAGUACGAUUGUCAGAUCUUAAUGUCUCUGCAAAUUGUGGAGUUGCAAACAGUUAAGGCUGAGUGAAAUCUGCAUCGAUUUUAAAACACAUUCCUAUACCACUUGAAAAAACGAAUAAAAGUUGCUGUGUAGCCAAAAAAAGUGAGUAUUUUUCUAGGUGGUUUAUGUGUCCAGCACACAGGUUUGUAUAUUAAGUGAAUUUAAUUUCAAAGUAACAAUAACGUAGAGCGACUGAUCGCUUGUAAGAAUCUAUUUUUACUUGUGUACUGUGAAGAGGGAUGUGUUUUAAAUUUCACACUUUUCUUUUUUCGUAACCAUGGAGCUUUCUCAGAGAACAUGUUUGUUAUCGUCAUCAUGAAUCACAAGCCAACGCUGCAUCUUCACCUUCGUUUCAGAUUCCAGAAUUUUGCCGAGGAUUAUUUUUAUACACGGCCAUUAACAAACAAACAAAAAGUUGGUAAAACUUACAGCCUGUAGUUUGAACAAAGAAUUAUAAAACCCGCUGUAUAUCCGAAUGUGUUUUUUGUUGUUGUAAAUAUGAUGUAACGUAUAUAAAACUUGAAGAUCAUA